AUGCCGGUGUUUGAGGAUCAGGGUAUAGGUCAGUCGCUAAGUGUUUCGGGUGAGAUUUCGUUGAUCUUCCUCGUUGCGUUCAGUGGGUUAUAUCCCGUUCCAACCAUUAAUCCACUACGUCUCCAGGAUAUAGUCCUGCAGCAGAGGACCCCAAAAGUGAAGUGUACCCGGGCCGGAAGGACGUGGAGACGAACAGGAAUACAGGUAUACACAUCUAAAUCAGCACGGCAGAGUAAUGGAGGGGAAUCUUGUGGUUUACAAAUCACAGGUAGUGAUGACGGAUCUGACAUUGCCAAUAUAACCACCAGAACAUGUGAUGUCACAGCCAGGUACGUGACGAUCUACCAAAACUACAGCAAUCCUAAAGGCUCAACAUGUAUGGAUUUCUGUGAAGUUGUUGUAAAGGCAUGUCCACUUACCAAGUAUGGUUCCGACUGUGACAAGUUGUGUGCUGAUCGUAAAUGUGCUAGGAGUAAUUCAUCGUGCAUUAUGUGGACAGGUGAAUGUAACGGAGGAUGUCUAACUGGCUGGAAAAACGAUGACUGCACCAUAGAUAUAAACGAGUGUGAGACUGGAACGUAUCCAUGUGACACCAAUGCAGUUUGUGGAAAUACAGAUGGAUCUUAUACAUGUACUUGCAAAGUUGGAUUUUCCGGAGAUGGACUCACCUGUAAAGCAUGUGAGUCUAACAUCAAGUAUGGUCCUAACUGCAUCAAGCCUUGUUCAGAUCGGAGCUGUGCUACAACUAGCUCCACCUGUAAUGCAAAAACUGGAGCUUGUAAUGGAGGAUGUAAACAGGGGUGGCGAGAAGUGGACUGUACCCAAGAUAUCAACGAGUGUACGGAACAGAAUCCAUGUAGUCUGAACGCAAACUGCACCAACACAGCUGGAUCUUAUACAUGCACUUGCCAAACUGGAUAUUCUGGAGAUGGACACAAUUGUACAGAUAUCAACGAGUGUGAACAGAAUCCAUGUGGUCUGAAUGGAAACUGCACCAACACAGAUGGAUCAUAUACAUGCACUUGCCAAACUGGAUAUUCUGGAGAUGGACAAAAUUGUACAGAUGUGGAUGAGUGUCUUGAACAGAAACCAUGUGAUACGAAUGCUUCCUGCAGCAACACAGACGGAUCAUAUACAUGCGAUUGCCGUAGUGGAUUUUCUGGAGAUGGAACAACUUGUACAGCAUGUAAAGACAAUGUUAGAUACGGUCUUAACUGCAGGAUGUUAUGUAAUGAUCGCAAAUGUUCGUCUAGAAAUUCAUCCUGCAACUCGUCGACUGGUACCUGUGAUAACGGAUGUCAAGUAGGAUGGAAUGGAUCUGAGUGUACACACGAUGUAAACGAGUGUACUGAACAGAAUCCAUGUGACAUGAAAGCGAAUUGUAACAACACAGACGGGUCAUAUACAUGUGUUUGUCACAAUGGAUAUUCUGGAGAUGGAAAAACCUGUACAGAUGUAAACGAGUGUACUGAACAGAAUCCAUGUGACAUGAAAGCGAAUUGUAACAACACAGACGGGUCAUAUACAUGUGUUUGUCACAAUGGAUAUUCUGGAGAUGGAAAAACCUGUACAGAUGUAAACGAGUGUACUGAACAGAAUCCAUGUGACCUGAAAGCGGAGUGUAGAAACACUGACGGGUCAUAUACAUGUGUUUGUCACAGUGGAUAUUCUGGAGAUGGAAAAACCUGUACAGGUAACAUCCUUGUAUGGCCUAGCAUCGAUUAA